AUGAACAAUCUCAUUCUAUUUGUAAUGAGCUUUGCAAUUGUGUAUAGCCUUGAAUUUCCAUCAUUCUAUCAUCGUUCUACAGAUAUUUAUAUCGAAAUUGCUUAGGCAAUUGAAAAGUGUGAAGGAGUAGAGAUGGAAAUGGUUAGAGAUUUUCCUAAAUUGUCGAUGGUCACUCUAAAUAAGAAUUAGAAUAAACCAAAUAAAGGCUUUGUACUUUUUGGAGAGCAUGCAAGAGAAUUAAUUUCUCCAGAAACGGGUUUGCAUUUUGUUAAGAAACUCUGCAGUCAAAAUGAGGAAAUGAAAUCAGUCAAGGAUAAUUAUGAAUUAAGAAUGAUGGUCAAUGUAAAUCCAUUAUCCAGAGAGAAAGUGGAAUCUGGAGAUUUUUGUAAAAGAGAGAAUGAGAAUGGAGUUGAUUUGAAUCGUAAUUACAAAUCUCAUUGGACUAAAGAUCAUGAUCCAGAAAUGGUAAGAACUGCCCCUGGACCAUUUGCAUUUUCUGAAGCUGAAACCUAAACAGUGAGAGAUGAACUCAAGAAAUUCUCUCCACACGUCUUCUUCUCCAUCCACUCUGGAACCUUGGCACUUUUUACUCCCUAUGCUUAUAGCAAAGAAUAACGUAAACAUCAAUUCUAAACUUUAGCAACUGAAAACAUUUCCAGUAUGAUGGAAAUUCUUACAGAAGUUAGAGAGAAACACUGUGAAACUUGUAAAAUGGGAUCUUGUGGCCAUGAAAUUGGUUAUCUAUCUCCCGGGACCUCAAUGGAUUACGCUUAUGAUGAUUUGAAAAUACCUUAUUCAUUUACAUUUGAAAUUUAUCAUGGAGGUUUAGAUGUUAGAACUAAAAAGCAUGCCACUAAAUUUUUAGAAGUCCAAACUUCUCACAACAAACACAGAAUCACUGAUGAAGAAAAAUUAGAUUAAUUGCUAAGAGAUCAUUCCUGUUUUGCCACAACCUCAACCAAGGAAAUGCCACCUGAUGAAUGUUUCAAAUAUUUUAAUCCUGAAGAGAAGGAUUAAUACGACUUCUAUGUUGAAAAUUGGACUUAAGCUAUAACAUUAUCAUUAAACAGAGUAGCUGAAUAAAGACAAGCAUAGCAAUAAUAAUAAUAAUGA